UCUUGUUAAUCACAUAGUGUGAAGAGGGCAAGGGGAAGGAAUAGAUCAGGAGUGUGAAAAGAGAAAAUGGGUGACUUUGUUGAGGAGGAGAGCUCUGCUAUCCCACCAAGACCGGCAACAGAUUUUGGGGCUCACGUUGUGUCAGCCCCUCCUAUGCAGUCUCAGUACAAUUCACCGUCUUUGUCAAGAAAACCAUUGCUACUCCCAAUAGAACCUGCAGAUUCUAAUGGCGCAAUUGUAGUUGCAAACAAGGCCACACCAAAGCCUUCUCACACUCCUAACUUCUUCACACCCUUGAGUAGCCCAAUUAGGAAGGCUAUUCAACUCACCAAGUUUGAUCCACAGGAUGCUUGGCUUCCCAUCACAGAGUCAAGGAAUGGCAAUGCAUACUACGCUGCCUUUCAUACUCUUUGCUCUGGAAUUGGAAUUCAAGCACUUGUACUGCCUGUGGCCUUUACCAUUCUUGGAUGGACAUGGGGAAUAAUAUGCUUGACAGUGGCGUUUGUGUGGCAGCUUUACACACUUUGGCUGUUGGUGAAGCUACAUGAAUCCACCCAAACUGGGAUGCGUUAUAGCAGAUAUUUCCAACUUUUCAGCGCUACCUAUGGUGAAAGAAUGGGGAAGAUCUUUGCUCUGUUUCCAAUAAUGUAUCUAUCAGGCGGAACAUGUGUUGCCCUGAUUAUCGUUGGAGGUUCAACCAUGAAGCUUUUCUUCCAAAUAGUGUGUGGCCACGGCUGCUCCGCAAAGCCAUUAACAACUGUGGAAUGGUACUUAGUGUUUACAUGUGCUGCGGUGGUUCUGUCACAGCUCCCAAACUUGAAUUCCAUAGCUGGGGUCUCACUAAUUGGUGCAGUCACAGCCAUAGCCUAUUGUACUAUUAUGUGGCUUGUGUCUGUCACCUCGGGCAGGCUUGACGGUGUUUCUUAUGACCCAGUCAAAGAGAACGACAACAUGGCUAUGAUUUUCAGCGUUCUAAAUGCCCUUGGUAUCAUGGCAUUUGCUUUUAGAGGCCAUAACCUUACACUUGAAAUUCAGGCAACUAUGCCUUCGACUGAAAAAAAUCCAUCCCACGUACCAAUGUGGAUAGGAGUGAAAGUUGCCUAUGCAAUCAUCGCAAUGUGCUUGUUUCCCCUUGCAAUUGGAGGAUAUUGGGCUUAUGGACACAAGAUACCAGUCAAUGGUGGGAUGCUAACAGCAAUUUAUCAGUACCACGGGCGUGACACCUCGCAAUUUGUUUUGGCAUUAACGAGCUUAUUAGUCAUAAUUAACGCAGUGAGCUCAUUCCAAAUCUAUGGAAUGCCUAUGUUUGAUGAUAUGGAAUCCAAAUACACCAAGAGGAAAAAUAAACCAUGUCCAUGGUGGCUGAGGUCUGGUUUCCGAGCUAUGUUUGGGUAUGGAUGCUUUUUUGUAGCAGUGGCUAUCCCAUUCUUGGGUAGCCUUGCAGGUUUGAUAGGAGGGAUUGCAGUACCAGUCACUUUUGCUUAUCCUUGUUUUAUGUGGUUAAGGAUUAAGAAGCCCAAGAAAUAUGGCAUAAUGUGGUGGCUAAAUUGGGUGCUAGGACUGUCAGGCAUGAUUCUUAGCGUGGUACUGAUCGCAGCUGGGAUUUAUGUGGUAAUAGACACAGGCAUUGAAGUUAGCUUUUUCAAGCCUCACUAGUUCAAACAAUUGGUAGAUUAAAAUGCUUGGCCGAUUCCUUUUAUUGCUGCUUGGUUAUAAGGAGGAUCUGCUUCCUUUUUCUUUUUUCUUUUUUUUGCCUAUAUUUGGUAUAUGUUGGUAUUUGUUUGUGAAACCUAUUAAUUAACAAUAUUUUCCGUCUC